UGUUCGAAUGUUAUCCUCCUUCAGAAAGUGGAUCUAUGCAAAAUAACAGAUUUUUCGAAAUCGUCAUUUGGAUCCUAAAGAUAUUCAUUUAUGGAUUAUUAUUUGCUAUCGUUUUUUGUAGCGGUAUCGUAUCUAAGUUAUUUGUUCUAUUGGCCAUCGCACAAUUACGGAAAAAUCAAUCGUUGCCCUUUUGUAAUCAUAAUGAAGAAUUAGAAGAGCUUUUUACCGAAUAUGCGCAAGAUGGCCGUAUAAAAUGGACAUGGUGUUUGAUUUUCAUAUAUCUCAUACCGGAAUGUAUCGGAAUGUUAAACACCUUGUGGCACUAUCUAUUCAAAAGAAAACCAAGGAUGCCAAAGAAAUGGAAUGUUUUACUCAUGAUCUUGAUAGAUACUCUUCACACGCUCGGUUUAGUAUUGUUAACUUUUAUCAUUCUACCAGAAAUCGGUGCAGUGCAAGGUGCCGCGAUCUUCUGUUGCCUAUGUUUCAUACCGGGAUUGUUGAAUCUACUUUCGCGAAAUGAAGAGAGCCGUAAUAUAUCAGCAAUUAAAUUAAGAUUACUAAAAAUUUUUGAUGCACUGGCAUUGAUCGCCCAAAUCAGCGGGAUGUUGUGGCCUUUGAUUCUUACUAUCGAGCACGACGUUGAUAAAACAUUGAUGUGGAUUACUCCCAUUGCUCUUGCGUUAUGUUCAAGUCGCUGGUGGAGCAACUUUGUACCGACUCACAGCAACGUUGUGUUUUGGAAAGCUCUCUAGGUGUACUACAAGAAU